GACAGAAUGGAAGCUUCUGGAUCUCAGACAAAGGAUGCUCUACAAGCGAGUGAUGCUGGAGAACUACCACCACUUGGUGUCACUGGGGUUUUCAAGCAUCUGUUCCUUGCAUCAAGCCACAGAGAGCCCAGGACAUAGAGGCCCAGGACUUGGAGAAAUCAGGAAAGAGCUGGGGCAGGCUCCCCCACUGCACCCCUGCCUUUGGCGUUGCAGGGGAUCCUUUUGUUCUGUUUCUUCUUUUAGACUCUACAGAUUCCACCUCAGUCGUCUAACCCCACAGAGGGAGACUAGCUUCUUCCCCUUGGUUGUUUUUGACCCUUAUCAGGCAGAUCUGGGGUUCCCCAGGGAAGUUGUGGAUUCCUCAGUGGAGUCUGGCAGAAGGAACAGAGACAUCUGCUGUGUUUGAUGGUGAAACAGGGGGCUUUGGCUUUCAGGGCACAGGCAGCCCUUCAACUCUGUCUGCUUCUUGAUACUCUCUGGGGCCUUGCUCCAACCCUCUGUUUGUCCUUCAGGGUCUCCACACUGAUCCCCCAUUUCCCACAAGCCAGCCCGUCCUGCAGGCCAAAUAAUAACAUCAUUAUCCUCUUGGGCUGAAUCACCGCCUACUUAAGAUUCACCGUGCAUGCCUGGCCCCUGUACACUCAGAGCGCCUUGCUUCCUUAGAGGGACUCUGCCGUUUCUCUGGACCUUCCCAGUGGCACUUUCUAGAGAGUUCUUCGUUCUCUGUUCCUGAAGAUACUAAGGCUGGACUGAGUCCAGGAGUGACUAACCUGCUUCCUUUCCACGGACAGGGUUUUCAUCCUCCAAGCCUCAUCUGGUCUCCCAGCUAGAGCGAGGAGAGGGGCCCUGGGUAGCAGACGUCCACAGGAUGGGGACCACCACAGGGAUGCAGGCAGGUGACGGGAUGAAGAGCAAACCAAUGAUUUCAAAGCAGAAAAAUUGUCCAGAAGAACUUGCACGGGCUGACCUUCAGGGUGGCAACAAGGGCCAGGUAGCCGGGUGGUCAGAGGAAACACUUGAGCACAGACAGAAACAGGCUUAUUGUCCACAGACAGCUUUCAGCAGGGGUGACCCUCCCAGGGAGAAAGGCCAAGGCAGCUCUCCAGGUGAGGAAAGAGAGAUACAGAGAAGUGGCUGCAGAGGUAGGCAGGAUUUGGUUCUAAGGCAGCAGAGUUCCAAAGGCGCAGAGAAACAGUUCCUGUGUCAUCAGUGUGGGAAAUCCUUCAGCCGGAGCUCCAACCUCAUCAAGCACCGGAUCAUCCACAGUGGCGAGAAGCCCUAUGAGUGUGGCGAGUGCGGGAAACUCUUCCGGCGCAGCUUCGCGCUCCUGGAGCACCAGCGCAUCCACAGCGGUGAGAAGCCCUAUGCGUGCGGCGAGUGCGGGAAGACUUUCACGCGCAGCUCCAACCUCAUCAAGCACCAGAUCAUCCACAGUGGUGAGAAGCCCUACGAGUGCGGCGAGUGCGGGAAACUCUUCCGGCGCAGCUUCGCGCUCCUUGAGCACCAGCGCAUCCACAGCGGCGAGCGGCCCUACACGUGCAGCGUGUGCAGCAAGGCCUUCAGCAGGAGCUCCAACCUCAUCGAGCACCAGCGCACACACAGCGGCGAGAAGCCCUACACGUGCAGCCAGUGCCCGAAAGCCUUCAAGGGCAUCUCCCAGCUCAUUCACCACCAGCGCAUCCACAGUGGGGAGAAGCCAUUUGAGUGCAAGGAGUGCGGGAAGGCCUUCCGGGGGCGCUCGGGCCUCAGCCAGCACCAGCGGGUGCACAGCGGCGAGAAGCCCUACGAGUGCAGUGAGUGCGGGAAGACCUUCAGCCGGCGAUCCAACCUCUUCAAGCACCAGGUGGUGCACAGCGAGGAGAGACCCUACAAGUGUCAAGACUGCAGGAGGGUGUUCUGCAGCGGCUCCGUCCUCAUGGAGCACCAGCGCACCCACGGCAGCCUGCAGCCCGGUACCUGCGGCCACUGCGGCCAGGCUUCCAAAGGGAAACCGCAUCUCGGCCAGAAGCCGAAAACUUACCACGGAAGGAAGCUCUCGGAGGGGAGCAACUCAGAAAAGGCGCCGGCCUGCCUGGCCCUCUGGAGAGCCACUGCGGAGGCCCGCCCCGAGGACGAGAAACUCCGUCCAGACUCCGCCCAUGCCACCGCCCCCAGUGCCUUCUGACGGGGUGCACCGUGGGAGGGCUGGCUUUAAAACGAGGCCCACCUUCCCCACCUCAUCCCCCUCCCUUUGCUCGUUGAUAAUGCUGCGAUUGAAGCACCAAGUGCGCCACAGGCAGACGGGCCCCCUGCGCCCGUGCCAGCUCCUGUGCGGUGCACACGGGCGUGUGUGUGCCGCCAAGGUGCACGCGCGUUAGUAUUCCACCCUGGAGCCGCUGAAACUGCUCUUGCCCCACGUGCCUGGGGCCUGAGUGCUGUGGGUGGGAGGGAGCAGGUGCCUUGAAUU